AUGGAUUUCUCUUUCCAUCCUCAUAAACGAGAGAUCUAUGAAGACAAGGCCAAAAUGGAAAGUGAUCAAGGGUCCGUGGACAUGGUGAUUGGGAAAAAGUAUCCCACCUUUAUUGACAUGAAUGAUAUUCUACAUGCAAUUAGGGGUGAUUCACCCAUAUGGAUCAAGCACAGGGAUUUGUUGAAACAGGUUGAACAGCACUGGUCAUUCUUGGUGCAGACUCUAAUGUGUUGUGGGGUAGCAGACUGCAGUCGAGCACCUAUUGCAAGGCGACUUAGCUUGGGGGCGGGGGCUUUUUGCUAUGGUAGCAACAAUUGCCCGGAUCCUCACACUGGGUUCAAGCCCCUGGAUAAGUACUUCAAAGACAACCCAGUGGGAAGGCAAUUGUUUCUCAGCGUCAUUGGUGACUUGACUAAAAUGGUGUGGGCCUGUAGCCAAGGCAUGCAAAUAGCCGCGGGGAUGCCACUGUUAGGAGGCGACCUGAUCCGAGAUUCCGCUUAUGCAAAGCAGCUUCGGCAUGACCUGCAGAUUGAGUCUGGAGAUUGGUCCCAUUCUCAGUUUUCGAUGGUUCCCCAAUUCAAAAAAGUCACACCUUCGGCUGAACUGAUAUCAGAAUUUCCGCACCAUCAUCUACACAAGGAUCUGGCCAAUCCCGUUCCCACAGGUGACAUUGGAUUUGAUACUUGCAAGUACCAAUACAGCAAGUCGGCAGCUUUCAGUGUGACACUGGCCAACACUGAAGAUCCGUCAAAGAAGUAUCUAUUCCAAUUACUUUGCUACUUCCGGAAUUCCAUUAGCUGUGAAUCCCAAAGGAUUAGCAGUUCAAAUCAGUUGUUGGCCAAAUCAGCAACCUGUCAGCUUGUUGAAGUUCAAAGACAUCUAACUUGGAACUUCCAUUAG